CAGCCCCCACUUUUUUAAAUAAAAAACCCCUCCCAUUGACAGGCUGAGCACACGUAGCACUCCCCUUUCCUUCGGGCGAGACACAGGCAAGAGAGAAUUGCCCUUUUUCUCUUGGUUGGGGGGCUGCUCUUCUCUUCUUUCGCCCGUCCUUCCACCCCAAGAUGCUGCUGCCGCUGUCGCCGCCGCCGCCUACCCCCCUGUAGCUGAGCCCCAGUGCAGGGCGAGGCUCAGACCGUCGGCGUGCCGGCGCCAUGGAGCGCCGAGGGGAGGCUGCCGCUGCUGCCCUCCCGCAGACCCUGGACUUCACCGUGGAGAACGUGGAGAAGGCACUCCACCAGUUGUAUUAUGACCCCAACAUUGAAAACAAGAAUCUGGCUCAGAAAUGGUUGAUGCAAGCCCAAGUCUCACCACAAGCCUGGCACUUCAGUUGGCUACUUCUCGAUAUGGACAAGGUGCCUGAGAUCCAGUACUUUGGGGCCAGUGCCCUCCACAUCAAGAUUUCACGCUACUGGAAUGACAUCCCAGCUGACCAGUACGAAAGCCUCAAGUCACAGCUCUUCAGCCAAAUAACUCGUUUUGCUAGUGGUUCCAAGAUUGUGCUUACCCGGCUUUGUGUGGCAUUGGCUUCGUUGGCACUAAACAUGAUGCCAGAGGCCUGGCCAUGUGCUGUUGCUGACAUGGUGCGCAUGUUUCAGGCAGAGGACUCUAAUGUUGAUGGGCGAGCACGCUGCCUGGCACUCUUAGAGCUGCUGACUGUUCUGCCUGAGGAGUUCCAAACCAGCCGCCUGCCUCAGUACCGUAAGGGGCAGGUGCGUAGUGUCUUGGCACAGGAGUGCAGUUCUGUCUUCCCCCUGCUAGAGCAAUUACUACAGCAACAAGACUCUCCCAGCUUCAUUAAACAGAAGGUGCUGAAGUGCUUCUCAAGCUGGGUACAGCUAGAGAUUCCCCUGAUGGAGUGUGAGAACUUGAUCCAGGCAGCCUUCACCUCCUUGCGUGAUCCAGAACUCUUUGAUACAGCUGUGGAGGCCAUUGUCAAUGCCAUUUCCCAGCCUGAUGCUCAGAGGUAUGUGAAUACUCUUCUGAAGCUCAUCCCACCUGUUCUGGGACUCCAGGAACAACUACGUCAAGCAGUUCAGAGCAGGGAUAUGGAGACAUCUCAUGGGAUCUGCCGCAUUGCAGUUGCCCUGGGGGAGAAUCAUUCCAGAGCUCUCUUGGACCAAGUGGACCACUGGCAGAGCUUCCUAGCACUGGUUAACAUGAUCAUGUUCUGCACUGGGAUCCCAGGACACUAUCCUGUCAAUGAGACCACGAGUUCACUUACACUCACUUUCUGGUAUACACUUCAGGAUGACAUCCUCUCUUUUGAUCCAGAAAAACAGGCCAUGUAUCAGCAGGUUUAUCGGCCUGUCUAUUUCCAGCUGGUGGAUGUGCUCCUGCACAAGGCACAGUUUCCCUCUGAUGAAGAGUACAGCUGCUGGUCCUCUGAUGAAAAGGAGCAAUUUCGGAUAUACCGAGUGGACAUCUCUGACACCUUGAUGUAUGUGUAUGAAAUGCUUGGAGCAGAGCUGUUGAGCAGCUUAUAUGACAAGCUAGGUCGCCUCUUGACCAACACAGAGCAGCCAUCUUCAUGGCAGCACACAGAAGCUUUGCUUUAUGGGUUCCAGUCCAUCGCAGAAACAAUAGAUGUAAACUACUCGGAUGUAGUGCCUGGCCUUAUUGGGCUCAUUCCUCACAUCAGCAUCAGCAAUGUGCAGCUUGCAGAUACGGUUAUGUUCACUAUUGGAGCACUUUCAGAGUGGCUGGCUGACCACCCUGUCAUGAUCAACAACGUCUUACCCCUGGUGCUACAGGCUCUGGGCAAUCCUGAGUUGUCCAUCUCUAGUGUCUCAACCCUUAAGAAAAUCUGCCGUGAAUGCAAGUAUGACUUGCCUCCCUAUGCUGCCAACAUAGUUGCUGUCUCUCAGGAUGUGCUAAUGAAGCAGAUUCACAAGACAAGUCAGUGCAUGUGGCUGAUGCAAGCUCUGGGCUUCUUGCUGUCUGCCCUCCAAGUGGAGGAGAUCUUGAAGAAUCUGCACUCACUGAUUACUCCUUACAUCCAGCAGCUGGAGAAGCUGGCUGAUGAAACGCCAAACCCCUCCAACAAGCUGGCCAUCAUCCACAUCCUGGGCUUGCUCUCCAACCUCUUCACCACAUUGGACAUCAGUCAUCAUGAUGAUGAUCAUGAGAGCUCAGAGGUCAAGAAGCUGCCAGUGCCUCAGGGCCCCAAUCCGGUAGUGAUGGUGCUGCAGCAAGUCUUCCAGCUUAUCCAGAAAGUGCUCAGCAAGUGGCUGAAUGAUGCCCAGGUUGUGGAGUCUGUGUGCUCCAUUUUUGAAAAGUCUGUGAAGACCCUCCUGGAUGACUUUGCACCCAUGGUGCCUCAACUGUGUGAGAUGCUGGGCCAGAUGUAUAGCACCAUUCCUCAGGCAUCUGCCAUUGAUCUCACUCGACAGCUGGUUCACAUCUUUGCCCAUGAGCCUGCCCAUUUCCCACCCAUCAAGGCGCUCUUUCUGCUCGUCACAUCAGUUACGCUAACACUGUUUCAGCAAGGGCCCAGGGAUCAUCCUGAUAUUGUUGAUUCAUUUAUGCAACUCCUGGCACAGGCACUCAAACGGAAACCUGACCUGUUCCUGUGUAGCAGCCUGGAUGUCAAAGCAGUAUUCCAUUGUGGUGUGAUCUCCUUGAAGUUCCCUGAAGCACCAACUGUGAAAGCUGCCUGUGGCUUUUUUACUGAGUUAUUGCCACGUUGUGGCGAGAUUCCACCGGUGGGACAAGUGGUACAUGAGAAUGGCAAAAUGCUGCUGCAGGCUGUGCUUGAGGGUGUAGGUGGCCAAGCCGCACGCAACUUGAUGGAUCACUUUGCUGAGAUCCUCUUUGCUCUCAACAAGCACUGCUUCAGUUACUUGAGUGUCUGGAUAAAGGAAGUGAUGCAACAGGAUGGUUUUCCAUCAGCCCGUGUCAGCCCUGAACAAAAGGAAAUCUUCAGCCAGCAAAUUCUCAGCAGAGAGCGUGUGAACAAACGGCGUGUGAAGGAGAUGGUAAAGGAGUUCACGCUGCUGUGCCGAGGACUGCAUGGUACCGAAUACACAGCAGACUACUGAGGGGCCAUGUAGCAAAACAGGAGCAUGAACAGAUCUGCUGGCUACCUGCCCCUGCCUAACGCUGCUAUUGAACCAGCUCAUAGGACAAUAACUGCAACUAACCUGCUGAGGCUGCUCCUCUCAAGAAUGAGCUGUUUGUCCAUCCCUCCUGCAUGUUCAGAGGCAGCAGGCUACAAGGACUUGGAGCACAGGCUGGAGCUGAGGAGAUUUCCUCCCCCUGCUAGACUGGUGCAAUGAUUGCCCCUUGUUUUCCCGGCACACUCCUGUAGACAUAUCUGUGGUAUUGUCUGUUCCUAAAGAGUCUGCCUUUGCCCUGCAUGAGGCAGCUUGUGUCUGACUGAAGUGGAAGGCCCUGCAGCCUUGAAUUAUAUUAAGGCUAUUUCUAA